ACGCAGAGUCUCAGACUCCCGUGCGUGACGCAACGGAUAAAAUCGACCCCGGAGGUUCACGCAAAAGACCUUGCCUUGCGCCUUACGGCGAAGUCGGUGACACGAUGGCCGACUACGGCGCACAACCCCAGCCGAGAGGCGGCUAUGCGAAUAAUGGACCAGCUAAUGGCGGCCAAUACGCACCUCCUUCCUAUCCUCCUCCGCAGUCCGAACCCAAAGCACCGCCGCCGACGUACGAUGAGAUCUUUGCUAUUCCGAAACCGAAGUGGAACGACGUAUGGGCGGGUCUUCUCUUCCUAGCCACCUGCGCGGGCUUCGUGGUCGUGUCCGCGAUCUCCAUUCAAGGCUAUGCUGCAACCCGGCGCGAGAAUUCCGGCGGCCUGGACGGCCAGCUUAACAACUUCGGCCUGACGACGCACACGAUCUACUUGUUUCUCUGGGUCCUCCUCACCGCCAUCGUCCUCAGCUACGCCUACAUGUGGCUGGCGCGCAAGUUCACCAAGCAGUUCAUCUGGAUCACCGGCAUCCUGAACGUCGUCUUUGGCUUCGCCACGGCCAUCUACAUGCUCACGCGGCGCUACUACUCGGGCGGCAUAGUGUUCCUGCUCUUCGCCGUUUUCAUGGUCAUCGCCUUCCUCAGCUGGCGCAGCCGCAUCCCCUUCAGUGUGCUGAUGCUCCAGACGGCCAUGGACGUGGCCAAGCGGUUCGGGCACGUAUACGCGGUGAGCGCCGUCGGCGGGAUCCUGGCCACGGCCUUUGCGGGCUGGUACUCGGUCACGCUGGUCAGCGUCUACGUCAAGUACGAGCCGAGCGCGAACAAUCCUGCGUGCCGCCAGGGCGUGGGCGGAUGUAGCUCGGCGAAGGUGAUCGGACUGAUUGCGUUCAUCACCUUCGCCGCCUACUGGAUCUCGGAGUGGCUCAAGAAUACCAUCCAUACGACCAUCUCGGGCGUGUAUGGGUCGUGGUACUUCAAUUCGAGGAACUACCCGCGGAAGGUCACUCGCGGCGCGCUGAGGAGAUCGCUUACCUACAGCUUUGGGAGCAUCAGCCUGGGCAGCUUGGUUGUGGCCAUCAUCAACUUUCUCAGGCAGUUGGCUUCGGUGGCCCAGCAGCGGGCUGCGGGACAGGGUGAUAUUUUCGGCACCAUCCUCUACUGCAUUGUCGGCUGUUUGAUCGGCAUCCUCGACUGGGCGGUGCAAUUCUUGAACCGCUACGCCUUUUCGCACAUUGCCCUGUACGGGAAGGCCUAUAUCCCCGCGGCGAAGGAUACCUGGAACAUGAUCAAAGACCGCGGCAUCGAUGCGCUCGUCAACGAGUGCCUGAUCGGCCCCGUCCUGGGCAUGGGCGCCACGUUCGUCGGCUACGCCUGCGCGUUGCUGGCCUACGUCUACAUGGUCUUCACAGACCCAGCAUACAACGCCAGCGGCGGAUACACACCCGUGGUCGUGGCGUUCGCCUUCCUCAUCGGCCUGCAGAUCUGCAACGUCUUCACGACGCCCAUCAGCAGCGGCAUCGACACCAUUUUUGUGGCGGCCGCCUGGGACCCGGAGGUCAUGAUUCGGGACCAUCCGGACUUGUAUCAUCGCAUGGUGCAGGUUUAUCCGCAUGUGCAGCAGGCCAUCCAUGCGUGAUGGAAAGGAGAGGGAGAAGGAGCAGCGAGGUAGCUCUUUGGAUUUUAAUAUGUAGAACUCCUAGCGGAAGAAUUAAUAUGGGGAAGAGAAAGUCGAAGUGAUAUAUCCAGGAACCAGCUUCAAACUGACAGCGAGAAGGUGGAUGCUGGCUUGAAAUCAGCUUUUCAAAGGAGAUGGUCUUUUAGGACCAAGACAGUCGGUUCCACGGGACCAUGGC